CCGAUUCCAAAUGGAUUUACACCGCCGAUCUCCUUGCAGCUCCACCCGCCUGGUUUUGCUCUUGCUGGUUUCCUGCGCCGGGCGCCUAGCAGCUAACAGAAGAAACAUCCCGCGGAGGCAAGACAGGCUGGGACCGCCUCUUGAUAUAACAGUGGAUUCAUUGAACUGCACAGCAUUCAGUAUUCAAUGGAGAAUGCCUCAACAGCAUGCAAGUACCAUCACAGGAUAUACGGUAUAUUAUGCUGAGGUCAAGGCUGAUAAACCAAUUAGACAGCAGUCACAUGAUGUGCCCCUGAGUCUGGAUAUGCUCAGUAUGAGUCAGAUGGAUGGGCAAGCAAUUUUUGAUGUGGUAAUUGGAGAUUUGAAGCCAGGUACCCUCCAUCGUGUAAGCGUAGGUGCUUAUGGCUGGGCAGGAAAGGGCCGGCCCAGCAUGCCCAGAAAUGUAACAACUUUAUCACAAGAUAAAUGCUUGCCUCCUGAUCCACCUCUUCAGCCUCAAAUUAUCGUUGUUUCUGACUCAGAAGUUGCUUUGUCUUGGAAACCAGGACCCAGUGAAGGAAGUUCCCCCAUUCAGUACUACACCGUGGAAUUUAUCAGGCCUGACCUUGAUACCAAUUGGACAGUUAUUAGAGAGCAGAUCCAAAUGGACUCCAUGGUCCUGAAGGGGCUAACUCCAAGCAACAAAUACCAGUUUGCAGUUCGAGCUACAAAUUCAUAUGGAUCCAGUCUACCUAGUGCUCCCAGUGACACUAUCAGAAUGUUCAGCCCAGAAGAGAUAGGCAGUGGAAGCUAUGGGCAUCGGUAUAUCACAGAUUCUGGAAAUGGUGAUGAUGAUGGAAUUGACUUUGAUGAUUCAGACUAUGACAUUUACAUUGAUGAGCUCAAACCACUUCCUGCUAUCAAAGGAGGGAAUAGGAAAUUUUUGGUUGAAACCAAGAUUUCACAAAGGUCAAAUGCAAGACUCUUAUCUAGGCUGCUUUCAGCCACUUCAUAUCCCGUUAGUUCCCCUACAACAACGACACGUGCACCACGUUUCACCACAAUUACACCCAUUACUACUAAGGCCACCAGGAGGAACAGCGGAGCUUCAAUGGUGCGGCAGUCUGACCAGUCCUGCGAUGAAACCAUCUGCUCUACUGACAGCUUUUGCGUCAAUGAUUAUGAGCGGAGUGGCUCUCGUUGCCACUGCAACCUUGGCAAAGGAGGAGAAACUUGUUCAGAAGAUGUUAAUAUUCAGUAUCCUCAGUUCUUUGGCUACUCAUACAUCACCUUUGAACCUCUGAAAAAUUCCUACCAGACAUUCCAAAUUACUGUUGAAUUUAGGGUUGAAGCAGAGGAUGGUUUGCUUCUUUACUGUGGAGAAAAUGAGCAUGGGCGCGGUGACUUCAUGUCUGUAGCAAUCAUCAGACGAAAUGUUCAGUUCAGGUUCAACUGUGGUACUGGAAUUGCAGUAAUUACAAGUGAGAACAAAGUUAAACUGGGUAACUGGCACAGUGUGACAGUGUUCAGAGAUGGUCUGGAAGGAUGGCUUAGGCUGGAUAACAACCGUCCCGUGUCUGGCAAAUCACAGGGUCAAUACAGCAAAAUUACAUUUCGGACUCCUUUCUACCUUGGAGGUGCCCCAACUGCCUACUGGCUUGUGAGGUCUGCAGGAAUCAAUCGUGGUUUUCAAGGCUGUGUUCAGUCACUCACUAUCAAUGGAAAGAUAAUCGACAUGCGUCCCUGGCCUCUGGGGAAAGCUCUUAGUGGGGCAGAUGUAGGUGAAUGCAGCAGUGGAAUUUGUGAUGAGGCUUCCUGCAUAAAUGGUGGCACCUGCACAGCAAGCAAAGCAGAUUGGUACAUCUGCCUUUGUCCACUGGGAUUUAAAGGUCGACAUUGUGAGGAGGCUUUUGCCCUCAUUAUACCUCAGUUCAAUGAGACCUUGAAAUCCUUUGCUACUGUCCCCUGGCCCUUGGAAUCACAGAACUACCUUUCCUUCAUGGAAUUUGAAAUCAUAUUCCGCCCAGAUUCAGAAGAUGGUGUCCUUCUGUACAGCUACGAUACAGGCAGCAAAGACUUCCUGUCUAUUAGAAUGGUGAACAGCUAUGUAGAAUUCAGGUUUGACUGUGGCUCAGGAACUGCUGUGAUCAGGAGUGAAGAACCCAUCAGUUUGAACCAGUGGCAUGAGCUUAAAGUGUCUCGCACAGCAAAAAAUGGUAUAUUACAGGUUGAUCAGCAAAGGCCAGUGGAAGGCAUGGCAGAGGGAGCUUUCACCCAGAUUAAGUGCAACCCUGACAUGUUCAUUGGCGGUGUACCAAGUUAUGAUGAUGUGAAGAAGAACUCUGGCAUCCUGAAGCCCUUCUCUGGUAGCAUUCAAAAGAUGGUUCUGAAUGACCGGACCAUAGACCUGAAGCAAGAUUUCACAUCUGGAAUCAACCUAGAGAACACAGUCCAUCCCUGUGUGAAUACUCCCUGUGCCAACGGAGGCUCCUGCCUGCCCAAGAAAGAUGGCUAUGAAUGUGAUUGUCCUUUGGGCUUUGAUGGGCAGCACUGCCAGAAAGCUGUUAUGGAAGCCAUUGAAAUCCCACAAUUCAUUGGACGCAGCUACCUCACAUAUGAUAAUCCAGACAUACUUAAAAGAGUGUCAGGAUCAAGAACGAAUGUAUUCAUGAGGUUUAAGACGACUGUGAUGGAUGGUCUCUUGCUGUGGAGGGGAGACAGUCCCAUGAGGCCCAACAGCGACUUCAUCUCUCUAGGUCUUCAAGAUGGUGCCUUGGUCUUCAGUUAUAAUCUGGGCAGUGGCGUUGCUUCCAUAAUGGUGAACGGCUCCUUUAAUGAUGGACGGUGGCACAGAGUUAAGGCAGUUCGGGAUGGACCAUCUGGGAAGAUAACAGUGGAUGAUUAUGGCGCUAGAACUGGCAAAUCACCGGGAAUGAUGAGACAGUUGAACAUCAAUGGGGAUCUCUAUGUUGGUGGAAUGAAGGAGAUAGCACUGCACACAAAUAGACAAUAUAUGAGGGGACUGGUGGGCUGCAUUUCGCACUUCACCCUUUCCACAGAUUAUCAUAUUUCACUGGUUGAAGAUGCAACUGAUGGGAAAAACAUUAACACCUGUGGGACAAAGUGA